CCCGUUGCUUGCUGCGGGUACGAAACGCCAUUUCUGUUGUGCCGCGCUGGUCCCAUUCUAUCAAGAUGACCCUCAGCCUCUUGGCUGGGAUGCGCCGUGGGCCAAUGACACGCACCAGAUCGGCCACGAGGCGACGACGUACGAAACGGCCGCUCAGCUUAGCCUAGGAAAUAUUUGGACAACCAGCCUUGGAGCUGCAUAUUCUUUUUCUAGCUCUCUGGUAUUAUUUCUCAUUCACGCCCGUUGAUGGUAUUUACCAUAUCGUCGACCAUGGUUGGGCGGAUUGCCACACAAUCAAGGCGAAUAUAUUCCGAGUUUCCUAGGUGCAGCAUUGCACCACAUCUGUACGCCCACGGACCAGGAACAAGCAACGUUGCCGAUUUCUGUGCAGAUGGCUCGCCGGCGGGUGAAACACGCAGCGAAAGUCAAUCGCAGGCCCAGCGUUGCAGAAUCCGGUGCACAUGGCGCGGAUGUGGCGAUUCGUCAUGGCUGCUUCGACACCGAGUUUCCCAAGCAGGCAAUCUCGACGACCAAGCUGUCCGCGACAACGCAGUCUGUAAAAACGCCACAGGCCGUGGGUCGGCAGCACUCAUUCGCAUCUUGGAGACCUCGCACCACGUUGUCCGACGGCCAAGGCCCUGAGACGAGACUCUGCGGCCCAGCUCCAACACCAUCGCCGUUACAUCCCCACGUGCGGCGCCGCUCGACGAAUCUAGCGACCGAGACAAGGGUUCCCCCCGGUAUGAGCGUGUCCAGGCAACUGUGCAUCUUCCCUGCGAGGAACAUGCUUGUAGCGGGCGUCAACGACUGGUCGCGGAAGCCAUCGCCAGAGCAAUUGUCGUCUGUUUAGUGCUGGGUUGGCGCUUUCAGGGCGUAGCCUUGGCAUUGGUGGUGAUUUAAAGUUGCGGCGAUCAACUGCUAGACAGCCACCCAUUGACCAGCUUCAUCAAGAAGGAUGGCACUCCGUAAGAUGGCCGCUCGCUGAUCCCCCGGUACGUACCAGACAUGAACCCCCACCCCGGAAGCCGGAGCGCGGAGGAGCUCGGAGGCGAGACGGGCCGAGGUUGCUAGUGGCAUCUGCGUCACACCUCCAACCCAUCCGAAAUCAUCACCACCCGCCGG